ACCACCCCCUCUCUCCCUCCACAGAGGUGAGGAGAGGCGCACGCACCACAGCCGGGGGAGCUCUGCUCGUGCUCCUGCUCGCCGUCGCCGGAGGAGGAGCUCUACCGCCGCACCUCUCCCUCCGGCUCCAGGGUAUGAGAGACAAAAACAACAGCUAGAGGAUAUCCCGGAUCAAGCUUUUCCGUUCAGGAUAGAAUGGGUGGCUGCUGUUGUUUUUCAUCAGGAAGAUCUGACGUCGAUAGAGCGCCGGUUCAUAUCUACCACCAACAGAAUCAAGAAGAGCAUGAACCAUUGUCUUCUGCCUUUGAAGGAUCAUCUCCGGCUUCUGCUGUAGUCGCAGUUGACACAAAUCUGGACACAUCCACUCCUGACACUUAUCGGGCUCCACCUGCACCAUUGCCGUAUGAUGUUGGCUUGCCAGAAAACUCAGAUUUGGAGAAGUCGGAUAUUAAGAGCAAAACGGAUGAUCAGCAGGAAUCUUUGAAGGCGGAUGAAUAUGAAUCAUGUGAAAAAGGUGUCCCUGAAGACAAGCCUGAGGAGGAGGAUGUUUGCCCUAUCUGCCUUGAAGAAUAUGAUGAAGAAAAUCCCCGCUCCAUUACCAAGUGUGAGCAUCAUUUCCAUCUGUGUUGCAUCCUUGAAUGGAUGGAGCGAAGUGAAACUUGCCCAGUCUGUGACCAGAUAACUUUGAUAGACGAGAUGUAUGAAUAGCAUGUUGACUCUGGUGGAUCCUCUCUUGGGGCUUGGAGUGGUGCCUAUUGAGGAGGUUUAGUACUAGCUGUUAUGGGGGAAGUAAAAUCAGCAACUACUCUGCUCCUGAUAUGAUAUGGUCUGGUGGACAAAUGGGAAAUAAUGAAAAGAAGGAAACAUCAAGGACCUGUUAAAAAAAGUCAUCCCUGUUUUGUAGUACCAUUUGUGUCUAGCUGUGGCUUUUUAUAUGGUACCAGGAGGAUUAGGAAAGAGUUUUCUGCAAUAUGCAUAUUAUAGUUUACUUUAUAGUCUCUUAUUUUUUGUGCUUCUGAAUUUGGUCGUGUUUCCGAUUCGGUGGUGGUUAGCCUCUGUAUAAACCAUCUCACAGUAGAUAGGUGAUAGGAAUGAAAGGAAACUGGUUCUAAAUUAUGCUCCAUUUGUAAAAAAAAGUAUAUCCUGCCCUUCUGACCAGGAGAAUCCAGUGUGCUAUCUUCUUCA